CAUUCGAUAGUCUUCACUCUUCAGUCGAUAUUACAUAUGGCUGUAGGGUGUUAGUUUGUUUUCGUUGAAAGUGCCGGUGCACAGAAAAGAAUAACUUUAUACUAAUUUUACUGUUAAUUUUGAAGGGAUGCAGAGUGGAAAAAUAUUUUUUCGAGGCACAAUCAGGCACUGGCGAUGCUUUUCAAGACGGAGUGUUAUCUAUCAGGCUUCACAACCUGAAGUACAUGUUGAGGGGAAGAUAGUUCCUCCACAUUCAGAAGGUGCUGCAAAACCACUUUCACCAAAAAUUGAGGAACUCGUUACAUCAAUAUCAAGACUUAAUUUACUAGAAGUUGCUGAAUUGAGUGAAGCUCUAAAAAAGCGACUAAAUUUACCUGAUGCACCACUUAUGCCUGUUGGGGCAGUUGGUGCAUAUCCUGGAGCUUCACAAGCAGAGGAUGAUGAAUCUAUGGCAGCAAAAACAGUAAAGACAAGUUUUACUGUCAAACUUUUACAGUUUGAUGAAAAACAGAAAGUUGCUCUCAUCAAAGAAGUUAAGAACUUACUUGAAGGAAUGAACUUAGUUCAGGCUAAAAAGUUUGUUGAGAGUGCUCCAGUUGUUGUAAAAGCAGACAUUGCGAAGGAUGAAGCAGACAAAUUGAAAGAAGCUUUAUCAAAAGUAGGGGCUACAUGUGAAAUAAGUUAGCUAUAUUUCUUGUUUGGGGAGAAAUGCUCCAGAUAUCCCACCAGAAGGAGAGUCUUCAGGAACAUGAAGCAAGUAGUGUUAUCUAUAUGCACAAACAUUCUAAUUUUUUUUAUGUAGUACGUCAUGCAAAGCAUUUAUGUAACUCUACAGUGAACAUUAUCAACUGUGGGUGGGAAUUUGUCUUGCUCAAUAGACACUAGACAUAUUGAACUGUCCUGUUGUCACGGCAAGAGUAAGCAAAUGAACAAAGUAGUAGUGCAAGAACUACUCUUAAGGACUGCAGCUACCACGCACAGAAAUUGUGGCUUUGUGUAUGCAUUUUCGAACAGCAGCGUUUUUGGUUGAUCUGCAAACAGCAGCGAUUUUGGUUGAUCUGCUGGAACAUUUGUGUAGGUUAGUUGUCAGUACUGUUUAUUUACAAAAAUAAUUGAGAUGGAAGCAAACCCAGUUUGAAUCAUGUUAAGAAACAAUUGCAUUUUAUUAUUUUUCAUUAAAUAAAGUUUUAUCUACUCAGAA